CAGAACUUGGACAGCAUCACGUCGCUGGAUCAGAGUGCCAUUUCUGUUCUCAGAAGGUUUCUUUGUGCCUCAGACGACCCAUCAUCCUCCGCAUAACUCCAUCGACGUCGAUGGCCUGCAUGUACAUCAACGGUCACUGCCUUGUCCAGUAAGUAACACGUACGAGACGCCGCCAUGGCGGGCAACAAGUUCUCGUCGUACCACCUCGCCGCGGCCCUCCGCCGCGAGCCGGACCCCGCCGCCGCGCUCCGCCUCUUCCUCAACCCUCCCGCAUCCGCCACCCCGUUCCGCUAUUCCCUCCGCUGCUACGACCUCAUCAUCUCCAGGCUCGCCGCCGCGCGCCUCUUCCCGGCCAUGGAGUCCAUCCUCUCGCGCCUGGCCUCCUCCUCGGGUCCCCGGCCCCGCGAGCAGCUCCUCUGCCGCGUCGUCUCCGCCUACGGCCGCGCCCGCCUCCCCGCCGCCGCGCGCCGCGCCUUCGCGCACCCGGCCUUCCCUGGGCCCCGCACCGCCAGGGCUCUCAACGCCCUCCUCCACGCCCUGCUCGCCUGCCGCGCUCCCCUCCGCGACCUCCUCGCCGUCUGCCGUGACGCUGGGACCCCGCCGGACGCGUGCACCUAUAACAUUCUCAUGCGGGCAGCGGCUGCGUCCGGCUCCCUUGCCCACGCGCGCCACAUGUUCGACGAAAUGCUGCGACGGGGCAUCGCGCCGACUGUAGUCACUUUCGGCACCCUCGUCGCCGCGCUGUGCGCUGCUGGCCAGCUGGAAGGCGCGUUCGAGGUGAAGGAAGUGAUGGUCCGGCAGUACCACGUGUUGCCGAACGUGUAUGUGUAUACAAGUCUGAUCAAGGGGCUCUGUGAGAAAGGGGAUGUGGAUGCUGCGGUGGCGCUCAAGGAAGAGAUGGCAGGGAAGGCAGAUCUUGUGCUGGAUUCUGCUGUGUAUGCGACGCUUGUACGGGCGUUGUUCCAGGUAGGGCGAAAAGGUGCGGUAGUUGGAUUGCUGGAGGAGAUGAAGGGGAGUGGGGUUGUGGCUGAUACGGUGGUGUACAAUGCCAUGCUCGCAGGCUUUUGUGAGGAUGAGAAGGAUCUUGCUGCUGCGUUCGCUGUGCUUGACGAUAUGCAGAAGAAUGGGUGCAAGGCGGAUGCGGUGAGCUAUAAUACAUUAGUUGCAGGGUUGUGCAAGCUGGGCCGGUGGCGGGAUGCACAUGAAUUGGUUGAGGAUAUGCCAAGGCAGGGGUGCCAUCCAGAUGUGGUGACCUACAGAAUGCUCUUUGAUGGGAUGUGUGCUGCUGAGGAGUUUCUUGAAGCAAACCAGGUUUUGGAUGAGAUGGUUUUCAAGGGUUUUGCGCCAAGCAACGAUGGUGCACAGAAGUUUGUCCAGGGGAUUGAGAAGGAAGGAGAUGUGGUAUUGCUAGAGUCAGUGUUGUGCCGACUAGCGAAGGUGAAUGCUUUGGUGCCAAGUGGAUGGGAAAAAGCUGUAAGUGGUGCGCUGAAUGAUCCCACAGAGUUGAGGCUAGAGAAGCAGCUUGACUCUUUAAGAAUUGCUUGAUUAGACACCAUAGUGGAUUUGAUCAAUACAGUUUGAGUAGCAAAAAAAUGGCAAGCAUGAUUUUUAAAGAAAUCAAUUUGUUCAUCUGUUAUACAAGGCUGCCUUGCAGGAGUCUUACCCAAUUCAGGUUAGUUUCUUGCAGGUAGUAUUAUUAAAGUCAGAGAAAGAUUAAAAUGGAAUCUAAGGUGUGCAACUUAUUCAAGUGAAGUUAAUUUGCCAUAAGAUUGGAAUAUAAGAUGGAUCUAUGGCAAAAAAG